GAUAAAUACAUGGUCCAUUGAUCACGUUUCUGGAUCAUGGUUUAUGACAAUCGUAAAAUACAUAGAGUCACUGAUGCCGGAUAAGCAAGCUUAAUGUUCUAUGAGGCUUAUAAGAUGAUCAUAUGAUCUUGAUGUCCAGUAGAUCUUCAAAAUUUCAUGUUAUGUGUCAUCUGUUGCCCGGUUAUGACAUUCACUUAACAAUUGUUAUGUCUUCUGAAUCCCGUUUGUCAUAGCAUUAAUGUUGUUUUUGGAUUAUUUGAAGGGUUUCUACUGCUUAAGUCUGUCAUGGAAGAUACACAAUCUGUUGCUACACUCUUAGAGUCGACAACCUCUAAGAUACAACAACUUCAGAAAGCAUUUGCUGAACUAGAAAGUCAUCGAGCAGUAACCCUUAACCUGAAAUGGAAACAAAUUGAGGAUCAUUUUCAUGGGCUCGAGAAGUCGUUGAAGAGGCGUUUUACUGAGCUGGAAGACCAAGAAAGGGAGUUUGAAACUAAAACAACUCAAUCCCGACAAAUGCUGGAGAAGCGUCAAACAGCUGUUAUGGGCAAGGAAGAAGCUUCAUUGGAGAGACUUCAAGAAAAGAGGGACGCUGCUGUUGCUGCUAUCACUAAUGCUCUAGGGAAGCGCAGGAAUGGACAUGUGGAACCUGCAACUGUUAACAGUGAGGAACAAGGUGGCGCUUCUAUUGUGGAAGAGAAACCACCUGAUGCUAUGGCUUCUGAAUGUAAGAUGGAUGAUUUGAAAAUGUUAUCUGAUAGCAGUGAUGUGAAGGCGCUAACAAAUCCCCAGCUUGCCAAAUUAUGUGAGGAGAAUGAUGCACAGGGACUGCACAAAUUCAUAUCAGAUAACCGUAAAAAUCUUGCUUCCAUAAAGGAGGAGAUUCCAAUUGCAUUGAAGGCUGCAGCUGACCCUGGUGGCCUGGUGUUAGAUUCACUUAGCGGUUUCUACAUUUCAGAGAACUCAAACAUGGAUGGGAAAAAAGAUUCAAAUCUUUUAGGUCAACGACGAACGUGCAUCAUGUUGAUGGAGUGUCUUAGCAUUUUGUUAGCAAAUCUGGAUGAGAACUUUGUUUCCAAGGUUAUCUCCAUAGAUGUGAAGGAACGAGCAAAGGCUAUUGCUGAGGAGUGGAAACCGAAAUUAGAUGAUCUUGAUGUGGAUGCUAGCAAUGGGAACUCCUUGGAGGCUCAUGCUUUCUUGCAACUUGUUGCUACUUUUGCUAUUGAUUCCGACUUUCUUCAAGAAGACUUAUCCAAAUUGAUACCAAUGGUAUCCCGUCGACGCCAGACAGCUGAUCUUUGCCGCUUCCUUGGGUUGUCAGAGAAGAUGCCAGGUGUAAUUGAUGUGCUGGUCAAUAGUGGAAGGCAUAUCGAUGCUGUUAACUUAGCAUUUGCUUUUGAGCUUACACACAAGUUUUCUCCGGUUUCAUUAUUGAAAUCAUACUUGACGGAGGCAAGAAGAGUUCCUUCAGCCAUCAAAUCAGGAAACAUGUCCCCUACGGCACAGAAUGAUGUGAGCGAGAGAGAACUAUCUGCGCUAAAGGCGGUCAUCAAGUGUAUCGAAGACCACAAGCUUGAAGAUCAGUACCCGUUGGUCCCACUUCAAAAAAGGAUUCUUCAGCUGGAGAAGGCCAAGGCUGACAAGAAACGAGCCACAGAAGUUGCAAAACCUCAACCCAAAAGACCCCGAGCCAACGGCAUAGCAGGAUAUGCACCCCGAAACACUAACAUUGCUGCCGUUGACAAGAACUUCUAUGGUAGGAUGACAGAUAGGUACGCACCGCCAACCCCGUACGUGUACGACAACAGACCCUAUGCCUACCCAGGUCCAGCCGAUAACCACAUUCCGGUGUACAUGGGCACAACGGGUUACAACAUGGCUCCUAACCAUGGGAACUAUUUUGGGAGCGGUUAUCAGUACCAGGCUCCUUAUCUGCACUAAGCAAGCUGAUGGUAAGAAAGUUUGAUGAUGAAAACCUAAACCUAUCUUAACUUCUAGGAGUUAACCCUGUUGAAUCAAUCAGAUGUUUUACUUACUGUAUUAAUUAAUAUGGAAAAAAAAUGUUCAGUUCUAAACCUGGUUGUAUUAGUUGCUGAUACUGCAAGUGUAAUCCCCUAAUAUAUGCACUACUUCUAUUGUUAGUUGUGACUGCUCUCUUUGUUCAA